AUGCCGUUCCGACGAGACUCCCGCCUCAAGAGCACUCCCGAAGAGUCCUCUGUCCCUAUCAAGGAGGAAAGAAGGCUCAGCAGUACCAAUGGCGUUAAGCCACCAGCUCUGGAUGACGACGACACCGCCAACGACGAUGACCUAAGCCCGCCUCCUGAGAAUUUGAGCCCUGUCUCAGGCAGUCAUGAUCGUGCUUUGGAAGAUGAGAUUGUCGUCGGCAACCGCAAUGGUGUGCAAAAGUCGUCGCCCCUCCGCGUUGUUUCUGAUCCUGAGGAUGAGAACAUGGCGGACGUCGAGGAUGAGCCAGUCGUCUCCCACUACCCUAAGCGGAAGCGCGCGUCUGUCUUCAACGACUUGAGUGAAGAUAAGAUGGAGAGCAGCCUUGUCUCGGAGAAGGAGAGCACGCCACGCAGCACCAAGCCAGCCCGUAGGCACGGACUGGGUGGUGUAAAGGGCGUCAUUCUCGGUUACUGGCGCGAUUCGCCCGUUCCCGACCCCAGAGGCAAGCAUGCAGUUAUUGGCUUCAUCGAUGUCCGCGAUCGCCUCCGCACUCGUAUUCAACAAAACACCCGCUUUGGCGAGCCGGUCUCGAGUCUUGAGUAUCCCCUUCCGCCCGGACCAGGUGGCAGUUGGGUGACCUUCGAGCGUGUCGUGUUCGCAGACCACCUGGUCGGUCUGGACCACCAUCAAGUGAAGGAAUAUGUCAAGCUUCGAACGGAUUCCACCGAGAUGACGGAGGAGGCGCGUGAUGCUGCAGAGCAAGCUGCGGCCAAGGAGGCAGUCCGACGCGUUGAGGAAAAUCCUCCCCCCGAGAAUCCCGUAGCGCCCGCCAUCGCAUACGGUGCUGAAAUUCCCGACCACGCCACAAUGCCUAACCGCCCGGACUCCAAACGUCGCCGCACUGGUAGUGGCAUCGGCACGAUCAGCGGAGGACCGGUUCAGCAGACGCCUCCAGCACAAAAUAUCGUGACGACUCCUCAAUUCGACCCUCUGCCAGGCACCAGACCUACGCGCAUCAUCGUGGGUUACUGGAAGGGCUCCAGCGAGAUUGACCCUGUGAACAAGCACGCCAUCUAUGGUAUAUUGGGCCAGAAUGACAUGUUCCGCGUCAAGGUCGCGCGAGAGACGCGUGAUAAGCGUUUCGUGGACGGUAACUUCCCUGUUGGAGCGGGCGCGCUGUGGAUUCACUGGGAAGAGGUCGAACUGGAGCCUCACAUUAAACAACUGUCUCGCCCCGAGGUGAAGGAGUAUUGCCGUGUUCGUCAAUACCAAAUCGACCAGGGAGAGAACCCCAAUGACCGAGUCGGAAAUGAGGCCAGGGCAGUGUUUGAGGCCCAGCAACGCGUGGCAAAUGGCACCAACAAGGCUUUCAUGAACAUGGGCCCGCCUCCCGUCAUUGUUCCGCAGCCAGAGGAGAUGCUCGAAGCACCCGAGACCAAGGUCGAGGUGAAUCCCGAAUUGCGCCAGAGCCGCAGGACGGAGAACCGCGGCGUUCGGCACUCAUUGCCCGAUCUCGACGUCAGACAGUCAUCGCGAACCCCGGUACAAGCACAGAACAAGAUCGACGCCAGCGCACGCCGCGAGAUCGCUCGAAUCGAGGCCGCGCAAAUUCGGACCGAGCGUUUCGCCGCUGACCGCGAAGCUGCUCAAAACGCCCAAGCUGCCCAAGCUGCUCAAGCUGCCCAGGUUGCUCAAGCCGCCCACAUGGCCAACUUGGUGCCUCCUCCGAUGCCGCCGCAAGCGAUGCCUAAAAUGCCUCUGCAGAACGGGAACGGCAACGGCCCCCGCAUGAGCAGUAUGUUCCAUGAGCGCGACGAAAUGCAGCGCCUUAACAAGGUGUGGGCCAGCCAGGAAGAGCACCGCAGCAAGGUCGGAGGCGAAGAGACCAAGUUUUACGGUGGUAUCAAGUACGAACGCAAGACCAACGGCCCCUUUGUCGGAAAACUCGUCUCGCAAGGCACCAUUAUCAGUAUUGACGGAGAGGACUAUGUCGAGUAUCGCGUACUCACGAAGCCGAGUUUCUUCUAG